CCGGCCAGGGAGGGACGGACUUCCGGUUGCCUUCACUGGGUGAAAGGUGGACGAAAAGUCGUUUGUCCUCUUCCCUCCUGUGUAUUUUGUUCACCGUCGCCCCGCGGUUGUUUUUCGGAGUGGCCAUGCUUCCAAACGGCGGGAAGUUGGCAGGCCGCACGCUGUUCAUCACGGGCGCAAGCCGUGGCAUCGGCAAGGCCAUCGCCCUGAAGGCCGCCAGAGACGGCGCCAACGUGGUCAUCGCCGCCAAGACGGCGCAGGCUCACCCCAAGCUGCCCGGCACCAUCUACAGCGCCGCGCAGGAGGUGGAGAACUUGGGCGGGAAAGCGCUGCCGUGCGUGGUGGACAUCCGAGACGAGCGACAAGUUGAAGACGCCGUUCGGAAAGCCGUUGACAAGUUUGGAGGCAUCGACGUCUUGGUGAACAACGCCAGCGCCAUCAGCCUGACGGGAACCUUGUCAACGCCCAUGAAGAAGGUGGACCUCAUGCUAGGAAUCAACCUGAGAGGAACAUACAUGACGUCCAAGAUGGUCAUUCCGCACCUGCUCAAGAGUUCGUCUGCACACAUCCUCAACUUGUCGCCGCCUCUCAACCUCAACCCCGUCUGGUUCAAGAACCACACAGCCUACACCAUGGCCAAGUACGGCAUGUCCAUGUGCGUCCUGGGGAUGGCGGAAGAGUUCAGAGGUCAAAUCGCCGUGAACGCCCUUUGGCCGAGAACCGCCAUCCAGACGGCGGCCAUGGACAUGCUGGGCGGCGAAGGCGUGGCCAAGCAGUGUCGUACUGCGGACAUCAUGGCGGACGCCGCCUACGCCGUCCUGACGCGGCCCAAAACCUUUACCGGUCACUUCCUGGUGGAUGAGGACGUUCUGCGGGAGGAGGGGGUGCGAGACAUGGAUCAGUACGCCGUCCAGCCAGGUCACCCGCUCCUGCCCGACUUCUUUCUAGACGAGACCCCCGAGGCGCUGGCCCAGCAAAUGGAGCAACACGGGGCGACACCCGCCUUCAAGCCGCCGUCCGCGUCGGCCACGUCUUCUCCCGGCGGCCCCAUAGAAAGCACGUUUGAGGUGAUCCGAGGCGUACUCAACGAGGAUCUGGUUAAGUCCACCAAGGCGCUCUACCGGUUUGACCUUUCAGGAGAACACGCAGGGGUUUGGUUCCUGGACUUGAAGAGCGGGGCGGGCAGCGCGGGGCCGGGCCAGCCGCACGCCGAGCCCGACGUGGUCAUGACCAUGGACUCGGCCGACUUUAGCAAAAUGUUUGCGGGCAAGCUGAAGCCGACGAUGGCGUUCAUGUCGGGGAAGCUUCGCAUCGCCGGCGACAUGACGCUCGCCAUCAAGCUGGAGAAGAUGAUGGGCCGCAUGUCCAAGCUGUGAUGUCAUCAGGUAAUGAUGAUAUCCUCACGUCAAUAAAAGUCAAAACGAGAAGC